UAGUUGAGCACCCCCGGCGGCGGCCCUGACACUCACUUUUUCGAUCAGAAAAAAGAGCAGCAGUUGAAAAUCGGAAAUUUUGAGAAAAAAUUUCUUGAUUCAAAAAUCAGCAAAAUGGAUGCAAACGAAGAUGACCUGAUAAAUUCCAUAGCGGAAGAGGCGGAAAAGGAGAUUUGCUAUCAUGUCCAGCUGGAACAGCAGAAGAUGCUGUUGCUGGCACGGCGGGAGGUGGAAGAUUGGAAACGAAUCGUUUACGAAACCAACCGAUGCCGGGAACAGUAUCUCAAAGAAUAUCGCCUCGCAAGAAAGCAGGCAAAAGGCUUGUCUAUAAUGACUGAACGGCUCAUCGAUCCACAGCUCGAAGCAAUAAUUGACCGACAUCUUGGACAAUGGAUGCAAGACGAUGGCAAACCGGUGGACCAUCAACCAGAAAUCUCGAGAAUGCGUGCGAAGAUCCAUCGAAUGGAGCAACGGAUAACGAUAUACGAGGAAUCCUACGAACGGAUACAAAAAUCGAAAAGCCAUCAGAUGGCAAAGGAAAUCUCACGGAAAGUGGGAGACGAAGAACGGAAAAUUGACGAGCGCCAGAAGGAGAUUGAUGACUUAUGGAAAGCAAGACGCGUCGAAGCUAAUCGCGAAUGGGAAAACGAGAUGAAGAUUUAUGUCGCACUCUGUCAACUGUACACAGAAUUCGGACAGAUGGAAAUGGAACAAGAAGCUACAUCGCAGAAUAACGAGAUCAAAAAGGCCAAGAUUGUGCAACUUGUCGAGGAGAUCAAACAGGCCAAGAUCGAGCAGGAGGAAGAAGCUAAGCGCCGAGAAAUCGAACUCAGCGAACGUCUUUUGAUUCCGGUGAAACUUCAGCAUAUUACUUUGGAGGGCCCGGUUUUCAAAGAUCCCAAUGACUUUCCGGUUCUUAUUGACAAAAUUGAAAGCACUCGGAAAACGUAUGACCAAAUUUUUAAACGUCCCGAGUAUAUGGAUUUACGCAAGCUUCGGAAGAAGAACAGAAAGUUUUUGACCAAGAGUUCAUCUCAGUUUGCUCUGCUGUUCAGCGGUCCUAAACGAAAGGAUAAAACUCGUAAAGCUUCCACUCAACCGGCUGUUGUCAAAGAUAGCGGACCAGUAACCAAUGAGAUCACUUCUAAGCCCCGUAAGGAAUCUACACCGAAGCAAGAUACUGUUCCGAAGCCGAAAAAACUAGAUCAAGCAGAUGUACAGGAUAAGAAUUCAAUUCCAAAUUCGGAAACCAUCAUCAAUUCGGUACCAAAACCAACGAAAAACGAAACUCGACGUCAAUCAUUACCGCAGACACCGGAUGAUGUGCUUCAGGAAGUUCCACCGGCAAGCAAGAAGCGUAAAUCCGUUGAGCGCGAGGAAAUGAAACCAGUCGAAGAACAACCGAAACCGGUUUGUAACGUACAAGCACAGAGAAUUGAACAACCUUCCGCUCAAUCAAUGUCGCAACCAGCGCUUCCUACGGAAACCAGGAAGGAGCCUAAGCAGAGCGUGCAACCCAGGAAGCGACCAUCCCGCGAAACUCCUAUUUCGUCAUCAGCUCCCGCACGAUUGGAACAUAAAAUAUCUCGUAAAGCGCAGCCGCUUUCGCCAGAACCGAAUCGCAAAGCUUAUCCCAAAAAAUCCCAAGAGCACGAAAAGCAACAGUUUGAAAUGGAAACCGAAUCCUUUAGCUUCUCACCGGAAAAGCCUAACCGUAGAACGAAGGCUGCGCACGAAGAACGGCCACAUCCAUCAACUGAUUCGCAGAAUAAGAAGCCCCAACCACCGGUCGAAGAGAUGGACUUCGAAUCCGUGCCGCAACAUCAAUCAUCCGAUGGUGACAAUUUCUCACUUGGCAGUGCUUCGCCUCCUCCGGAGGAUCGCAACCGUUCCAAAGGCGAUGGUGAUUUCCUGGACACGGUUAGCCUCACGGGAAGCAUCUCGUCGUUCGACAUGGAAGACCGCGGAAGUGGCAGCGAUCUAGGGUUCGAUUUGUCCCCUGUUGGUCCGAGAGGAAACACUCGCAAAGGAGGCAGUGACGCCAGCAACGAGGGAGAUUCCGAUUUUGAUUUCCUGGCAAGCCCGCCGAAGUCGGGGGUUCCAUCCGGGAGGAAAGCUCAGGACAGCUUCGAUUUCAUGGACGGCGAUGACAGUGGAACCGGAUUUGAUUUCUUCUAGAGUGAAGGAAGUGGAUGAAAUGAAUUUCUGGAAUUUAUACUCAGUGCGUAUAAUUUCAUUUGAGAUUUGUGUGCCUUUCAAUAGGAUGUUGGAAGACGAACAAUACUUAUUCUUAUCUUUGAAACGUUGUCAAAUGUAUGAAUUCGAAUCAAAAAAUCUAAUAAGCAAUAUAAGUUACUAAUCCUGGUCCUUGUA